AUGCGAGUCCAACUUCCGGCAGUGGUGCUUUCAUUCGCUGCCUUUGCCUAUGCCCAGAUCACAGAUGGUCUGAGUUUCGAUGGCGGAGAUGUUGUGAGUCUUCUUUGGGGCUUGGAUAGUGAAACGCCUUCAAGUUACGACUUCUAUCUUUGCGCCGGGGACGAAACCACGGAUUCAUACGACUCUCUAUCACAAGUGAUCAAGAAUGGCGCUUAUUCUUCUGGGGACGUGGUCUCCUUCCGAGUCGACCAGAGUGUUGGUGGGAAUGAACUUAAUGCAUACUUCCUCAAGGUGGUUUCUACAGACACUCAAGAGUACUGGUCUGGAUUUACAUCUCACUUCACCCUACGAAACAUGAAAGGCUCUUUCUCGCCCAAAGUAAUGGAAGCGAUCCAGACAUUGAAGCCAAAUCCCCCUAUCGCAAUCCCUUGGCCUGUAGUCCAGGAUGACCAUCUGCUCGAGGACGACGUUCCCUCAACCCUCAACAUCUCGAGUCUCAGCCUUCCGUCGACCGGAACACUCUUGCAGUUCCCGACACCGACGGUCGAGAGUGACGCCAGUCACAAUGAGUUACGGAAACGACAGGUGAUGGCUAUCGGCGGCGUUGGCGCUGGUGCCGCCGCAGCGGCCGUUGUUGACCAGCAUACUGUCCCUUUCGGUGAGCAGACUGGCCUUACAAAGUAUGCUCCCAUGCCCAAGAGUGCUGGAACGACCAUUGCAACUAGAUCGGCUACUCCUCAGUAUCCGCCUUUCCCAUACUCAAUUGCCACUGCCUAUCUUGGGGCUCCGACUGUUCAGUACACGGAUAUGGCUUAUGCCACAUGGACAGCACAAAGCAUUGAGAAUACGGCUGCUCCCGCUCCUCAACCCACUCUGGACAAGAGAAUGCAGAAGUGGUUGGACCGUUGGAAGGAUUAA